AUGUCCCUUUCGUUAUUACAACCUUCUUUUUUGAUGUCAAAGACCAGAAGCUAUGCGCUAAUUCUCAUUGGAUCUCGGUUGUUCUUAACAGCGAUGGCUAUUCAUUUAAGUCUUCGGGUAGCACCAUUAGAUCUUCAACAAGGUGGAAAUUCUCGUAUUCUGUAUGUACAUGUUCCUGCGGCUCGGAUGAGUAUUCUUGUUUAUAUCGCUAUGGCUAUAAACACUUUCUUAUUCCUAUUAACAAAACAUCCCCUUUUUCUUCGCUCUUCCGGAACCGGUACAGAAAUGGGUGCUUUUUUUACGUUGUUUACCUUAGUUACUGGGGGGUUUCGGGGAAGACCUAUGUGGGGCACCUUUUGGGUGUGGGAUGCUCGUUUAACCUCUGUAUUCAUCUCGUUUCUGAUUUACCUGGGUGCACUGCGUUUUCAAAAGCUUCCUGUCGAACCGGCUCCUAUUUCAAUCCGUGCUGGACCUAUCGAUAUACCAAUAAUCAAGUCUUCAGUCAACUGGUGGAAUACAUUGCAUCAACCUGGGAGCAUUAGCCGAUCUGGUACAUCAAUACAUGUUCCUAUGCCCAUUCCAAUCUUGUCUAACUUUGCUAACUUCCCCCUCUCAACCCGUAUCUUGUUUGUUCUGGAAACACGUCUUCCUAUUCUAUCUUUUCUCGAAUCUCCUUUAAGGGAUGAAAUAGAAGCUCGAGAAGGAAUAGCAAAACCUAGUUGACUUCCCAGCUCAAACUGAACGCGAUGUAAUCAAACUUAUAGCUGACGCCGUAGAGAAAGCCCAUAUGCGAAGUGGAAAAAGUAGGAGUAGACAUUGGAAUAAGAGCUGUUGUCGGACGUUCAUCAGUAACCGGUGUGAUGUUAGCAAUGGAAUGCGUAUCCGCUGUUCUCUUUUCUGCUGUGAUUGAAUCAGUAAGCGCUGCGGAUCUUUUCGUAUAAAGAAUAAACCUCAUUCGAUCUCAGAAGGGAUGAAUACAAAGGAAGGGAGUUGCACUAGUCUCAUAAAUGCCAGUCAAAGAAAACUAACUAGCCAAAAGGCCGGAAUAAGCGAAAAAAAGGGAUUGGAUGGCUUGAAUUCCCCUGUUCUAGCUCUAGAAGAGUAAGCUAAGAGUCUUAUUUAUAUUAUAUAAGAGCCAGCCUAUCCUAGUUUUUCCUGUAAGUUUUGGUACUAGGAAAGAAUCCUAGCUCCUAUAAGAAUCAGAGGCGGCGGAGAUAGACACUUUGGAUUCGGCAAGCUACUCCGCUUUCUAAUUAAGAUUCAAAAAAGAGGGUUACUACAUUGAUAGAGGCAUAAAAGUAUUCAGUUAUCCCAAUACUUCUCGUCUUUCUGGCUGCUAUCUUCCUAAACUGUAGGAGGAAGGGGAAGGGCUUUAUGAACGUUACAGAAUGAAUGGUCAAUGAUAAAUCACCUUGCCCUCCCUUUAGAGGAGUAAAAAAGGUAAAGCUCCGCACUAAAACGCUACCAAAGCUUCGGAGUUCUAUUCCUUCUUGCGUCCAAUCUCAAGGAUAAAUUCAACCUAACUCGCACUGCAUGAAAGGACAUAACCUAGUAAUAGGUCAUUAAGUUCUUCCUUUGAUACUUAUGCCAUUAGAUUAGAAAGAGUAAAUUGUCCAUCAUCUUCGAAGGCCUAAAUCCCCUGGGAGGAAAUCGUAUUAAUGAUAUCAUGAUGCUACCUCUCCUUCAUGUGCAGCCUCUUCUCAAGCAGCAGAUUGCCCGAAGACAGACUGAAAGCCCUGUUUCAGCUGAGAGCAUUGAUUCCCCUGGUACCUCUCUUUUCUAUCACAGCAUUAGAGGAGUGAGCCCGCCCUUCAUUCAUCAGGUCUCAAAGUAUAGAUUGUAUGAUAGGUAGGUGGAAAAGCUACAACAUCACCUUAGUUCCCUGCCGUCUUGUCUUUCUUGAGGAGCAAGAACAUUCUUUAGUUCUUUCUCACUUGAUCUCAUGUCUUUUCCCUUAGAUUAUGUAUUUGUUAUUAUAUUAUAGAAGGCAUUCUCUUUCUAGACAAAAAAAAAAAAGUUGAAAAUAUUUUUUUAAAAAGGCAAAAGCCACUAGACGAGAGGGGCAAGCAGCGAUAGCAGCUCGACCUUAGGCAGAGCCGCUCAAACAAAGAUAGCUUCUUGAUCCACGUAUCUCAUUGAUUUUGCGAUAGGGGCGGAAUGCCAAGCCGCUCUAACACCAUUCCAUUGGGGAGUCCCAUCCCAGCCUUAGCAGGGAACUUACUACAGAGCCAGACAGAGGACAGCACAUAUCAUGAGAAAAUUAUCUAGAUAGAUAGGGCCCUAAGAACUUCAUUCGUACUCUUGAUGUAAAUAGAGGACAGGACGCAUAAUAGCCUAACCCGCAAGCGGGUUAGUGACUUACGUACCUAACCUAUUAGCUGUCCUGCUACAAAGCUGACUGAUAAUGCCCGCUUUACAAACGGAACACAGUGAGUUUUGCCGCGGGUCAACCCAACCCCUAGGCUAUUACGGGCUAUUACGCUUCUUGGCCUCAUAUGAGUGACCUACGUACCUCAUAGGUUAAAUUGAGUGAUUACUCCCCUAAGCCACAAGCUGGUUAGGUCGUGGCCUACCUUUCAAUCCGUACGUUAAGGGAUUCCCUUGUGGAAAUCUGACGUCGUGAGCUUAAACCUCAAGAAUGAGUUCUUGCUCCUGAACCUAUUGGUAAAGUGGCUUAACGCUCUUCUCCCGUAGCUCUCGUCUAUCUUACCAGUCAGCCGGCUCUAUAUAGUGCGAGAUUCUUUCAUUAUUGAUUUUCUACGGGCUCUAUAGGCCUUCACGAAUGCGUCUUCUCGUCUGAGGACGAUUCCUAAUUCAUCGUUAAAACGUUAAUUUCUCAGUAAUAAGAGAAAGGGCUAUGCUAUUAUCGGGAUCUUGCUAUGAGACUUUCUUUCAUUUCUCUGAUUCGAUAGCGCUUCCCAAAGAGUGUAUUUUAGCUAGCUUAUACUCUUUCUUUUGCACUUGUUUCCGGGCAAUCGUACCUCUCCUUCCUUUAACAAGUAAGCUCUUUUCUCUAUCCAGACUCUAUCGAGUCAGUACUUCAUGCCUUACAGUCGAGUAAUAAAUUACCUUCCUUUAUCAAGUAAGCAUUAUUAUCUCCUUUGAAUUCGUAUGGUUGAAAGUUGCCGAGAAUGGGUUAGAGCGGGUAACAUAAGAAAUUCCUGCGAAAGCUCCAUCAAUUAGAUUGUCUUUGCGUUGGGGUUGAAAGCUCGCUCGGUUAAUGGACUUGAACCCAGACAAUGGACAUGUCCCAACUUCCUUCCUAUUAAUUGAAAGUUGGUAACUUAGGCUGAAUUCUCUUCGGACUCAGAAUAUGGUACCAAAGAGGAGGGUUCGCCCAUAGUAGAAGAAAGUCUGCUACCGCCAACGAGUAUGAAAAGGCCCUUUUCUUAGAGGGCUUGUCGCUCCUCCAUCAUAUGCCUUCCUCGAAGACAAAGAGUUAGUUACUUAAAGCUUAGAUUGUUGAAUCGGAAUCUGGUACCCAAUCUUAUAUCGUGGAGAAAACCUCCCCCGCCACUGAGCCAGACGAUGACGAUGCGGUAGUUGAUAUAACGGGAUCACUAGCUGAUACCACUCAUCUUGCUGAUUCAGUAGUAAAAACGACUUAUACCGUUGAAUUACUUUCUUUAUUAAUGCAAGUCAGAGGGGACUACUUAGGAAUCCUCAAACAAAAUAGCACUCUUUCUAUUUCUUGAGGCAAAAUCCAAUUCAUCGAAAACGAGGGAACUUUCGUUAGUCAAUAUCCCAAACAUAGGGCUUAUGUGAUACCUGUUGGAUUAACAGCCUAGACCGAAGAAAAUAACAAGUAAAGCAGGUCAGGUGUGAAACUUUUACGUCUAAGUAAGUGAAGUUGUGCUAACCGGUCCUAUCCUAGAUCCAACCGAGUUGGGAACGAGCUAAAGUGGAUUGAUCCGGUCGACGUGGCUAAGCUGAAAAAAGAAGGGAGCCCUAUAUAUUCUAUACUGUAUUGAUGGCUCAUUUUGGCUCACUUCCUCGAUAUGGGAUCGAAAAUGUUAAGUACUCAGAUUUAUUAGAGAGGUAGCGGGCUAGCUGUACAAGCAAUUCGACCAUAUAUAAGGGUAGGGUAAGGUCCCUCAGGCCAAGCCCAUCAAAGGCUCCCCUAAGAGUUAGAUUAGUACCGGCUUGAUGAUUCCUUUUUGAAAGGAUAAGCCUAAGAGAUUGCUAGCGAGAAUAAUUGAACUGAACAUUGAAAGACUACUGCUUACAACUCGCUUUCUGUCUUAUUUGCUGGCCUUUAAGAUGACUGGUACUAGGUAAAAAAAAGGAUAUUACAAUAAUAAUUGUGCACCCAGAGUAGACCAAAGCAGCUUCACUCACUUGAGACUCAUACAUUGACAGACCCAGACAAAGUUUAUUGAUAUGAGCCAAGAUCGGGCAUGAGAAGGAAAGUGGCCAACUAAGCCCUAUCAGGGUUUAUAACGGAAGACAACUUAUUGAGUAACUGCUUGAUCCCAUCACUUUGAAAGCUACAGAAAACAGCUGUCUCCAAGCUGGUUGAAUAUUAAUUUGAACUCUAUCUUUUGUUUGGCAAAAACGGAUUAUGAUUUAGUUCUUCUAGCUUCGAAAUCGGGCUUAUCCAGUGGCGCUUGUCUUGGUCUUUCACGCGACUGGCUAUCCCUCUAUAUAUAUUAUACGCAAUAUCUUGACAGGCACGAUCUACCUUGGCAACGAACUUCACGCUACGUCUCGGGGUGUACUUUCUAUCACUUUCUGGCGGGAAGCCCCGAGCUCUUUGAGAUUAGCAUGAUGAUGUUUAUAUUCGCUUGAACUUGUUAACUUGCAUGUGAAAAGCAUAUAACUAGUCUUCCUUCUCAUGGCCCGGCACAAAAUGCUUCUUAUUUUUGAGAAGCAUUGUAUUCUAAUACAUACCCAGAUAGAAGGACUUUUUGCAGCCAGAACCAAGAUAUGCUUCAACAUAGCAGCUUCCACCAAUGAAGCCCGAAAGCACUUUUAAUUUAAAGGUAAAGGGCAGCCAAUUUCCAAGCAACAUUCCCUUUGUUCUUAACCAUAUCAGGACCAGACCAUAAGAACCUUCUGCAGAUCUUAUCUUUUGUCUUCAAAUCAAAACCGGCAGUAUGAACACAGUACUCCAGUAAACUUGCAUGCUAAAGAGGGCACUCUGAACCAGUUGUCCAGCAUAUUAGAGGUAUUUAUUUUCCAGUACAUCUCUUUACUCUAGCUUUGAUUCUCUCAAUUAGAGGCAAACAAUCACUAACUGAGAGACUGGCAAUCCCAGGUACUUCAUUGGCAUUUUACCUUCAUUAAAGCCAAUUAGAUUUGAAAUAUUGAACUUUGCAGCAUCAUAUCCAUAGUAGAUUAUACUCUUGGAUAUGCAGUAAGACCAGAAAGAUUUGUAAAUUCUUUUAAGCAUUGAUUGACUACAGCAAAUCCUUCUCACGAACUAGAGAUUUAGCAAUCAACUGAGUGGCUUUCGCUCCUUAUUGUCUAUCGACGGAAUUAAUUCAUUCAAAAAAUAAAGAAAAAAGGGCUUUAACGGCUCUUUUCCUCAACCUGUUCAAUUGGAGCUAGCUAUAGAGCGCACUUUCGGUCAAAGGACAGGUGUUGGCAAAAUUUUGGAUAAAUCAUCCGUUUUUCUUAGGCAAGCAGUUGCCCGAUCAGAAUGAUGGAGAGGUCAUGCGUCUGACCACAACUCCAUGUCAAAUGUAUUUCGAUGGCUCCAGUACGCAAGGUGGUGCGGGAGCAGGUAUUGUUUUUCUCUCUCCUAACUAGUAGUGAGACAAGUCAUCGCUGAGUAUCAGGUAAUAGAUGCAAAGCAGCAGCCAUAGAGAAAAAGAGCCCUAGACUCGAUUCGCCGAGUUUGAUGAAAUAAAAAUAGACCAAGUACCUAGAAGAGCCAAUGUUGAGGCUAACACAAUGGCACAGCUGGCUUCGACGUUUGAGAUUUCCUAAUCGGACACCUGAAGAACAUACGUUCAAAGGACGAUUCCAACAACAUUCCAGAUCACUUUUUACUGUUACAUAAUGGAGCCAGAAGAGAUUGGGCAGGAUGAUUGGCAACAGCCUCUCGUCAGGUACUUGUAAGAUUUAUUUAUUUAAUAAAAUAUGCUAAGAGAUGCCAGGCCCGCAAGAAAUACGGACCAGUGCAGCAUGUACCAGCUUAAGAAUUGCAUCCGAUCUUAAAGACUUCGCGCCUCGACGCUUUGCUUUGAUCCCUGACCUAAACUCUUUGGUAGGCUACUCUUCUACCAUGAAAUGCUAUAAGUUAGGUUUUUUAGCUUGCCUUUCUCCUUUCGUUCACUCGGCCUUCAAAGAAAGAUGGACGGGGCGGGCAGAGGAAAACCUAACGAUUGUUCCAAUCGAAAUGGAAAGAAAACCCAUGAAUAGGAGGUUAGGGGGGGACAGAAGUACUCAACGAGGAUAAGGGAUCCCCCCGGGUGGAUGCGCGUGAGAAGAACUAAAGCCACUACAAGACUCCUACCUAAUAUCUUGCUAUAGGCGCUUUUGGCUUUUGACUUGUUUAUGUAUGAUUACGAUAGAACUAGGGGCGCUAGCGUUGAUGAAAAAUUCCUAUUCUUGCCUAAGCCUUCUACUUACUUUUCGAGUAUAGCCUUGUGAGGAACUUAACUUUAGCUCUUCGAAUGACAGAAACAUCUUUCUUGCUCUAUGCGAAGAAUAGCCCUUAAAGCUGGAGAAGGAAGAAGUGUGAAAGCAAGCAAGUCAAAUUCAGGCACAUUAGUAAGUUCUUUUCUCUGAAGAAUGUUCGAACUCAGACAUAGAUGACUGGGAUCACUACACUGGCUUUGUUGGUUGGUUUGAGGUAGGCAAGUAAAGAAUAAGAAAUUAGGCAGGGACCACGCUACACUCUCACCUCUCUCGAGCUACAGGAACCCUAAGCCAGGUAUGAUGCUGACUUUGCAAGCGCAGGGAAAAGAGCUGGUAGUGAUUCUUCGGGACAAAGGCCAAGGGUGAAGCCGGGGAAGUUUAAUAUUUAAUAAAUUCAUAAAUGACAUCGCCUUUAGGGGCGCCGUUUUCAUCCAACUAGAAAUAUCGUAUGAGAAGCAAAAGAAUGUUACGUUACGCCCAAAAGUCCCAUGCAUCCUUUCUUUCUUUGGUCAACAACCAAGCACAACUCAAUAGAAUGAAUUCUUCAAGACUCCUACAUGAACUUUCUGUCUGGAGGGAAUCAAUUUUUCUCAAUCAAUCACUACACUAUGUUUCAACAAUUUCUCAAUGCUAUGUCAAGGGCCUUCCACUGGAUUCGAAAUUGCGGAAAACCUGAGCCUGAGGUCUUGUCUUAAAAGAGAAAGUCUCUCAAGAGUUGAGAGCA